AUGGCGUCUCCGGCCUCCACCUCCGCGCCGGUCUCCCUCUCCCUCUCCCUCCCGCUCCGCCCUUCCCCGUGCCGCCGCCUCCCCGCGCCCUUCUCCCGCCUCCCUCCCCGCCGCUUCACCCUCUCGCCGACCCGCCCCGCCGCCGCGCUGCUCUCCAGCCCCAGCCCCAGCCCCAGCCACGCGCAGCACGAGCACAAGGACGAGGAAGAUGAAGAAGAGGAGUAUGGCGAAGAUGAGGAGCUCGUGGAGGAGGAUGACUUGGUGGAGGUGGGGUACGUGAGCGGCGCGCACGGGGUGCGCGGCGACGUCCUCGUCUCGCCCCGCACCGACUUCCCCGAGCUCCGCUUCGCCACGCCGGGGAAGAGGUGGCUGAGGGCUCGCGCCGCCGGGAAGAUGCAGGUCAGGGAGUUCGAGCUCGUCAGGGGGAAAGCCCACACGGGGAAGAAGGGCUGGAUCGUGCGCUUCGACGGCGUCGACUCCUUGGACGAGGCCAGGCAGAUAGUUGGUUCGGCUGUUCUCGUGAAGACCGAGGAUAGGCCGGAACUGGAGGAGGAUGAGAUCUAUUCGCUCGAUCUUGUUGGCAUGACUGUUAUUGUCAAGGAUACAGGCAAGCUUGUAGGCACUGUUGCACAGGUCUUCAAUUUUGGAGGUGGCGAUCUUCUCCAGGUUAUGGUUGGCUCUGCUGAGAAUGCUGUGCAGACUGAUUCAGAAAAUCAGGAUUCAACUCCAUCCCGUCAGCACGUGUGGAUUCCAUUUGCUGAAGAUAUUGUGCCUGAUAUUGAUAUGGAGACUAGAGAGAUGUGGAUUACACCACCAAAGGGUCUUCUUGAGGUCAACACACGUCCUGAGAAAUCAAAGAAAGAAAGGCGUGCGAUGGAUUGGAAGGAAAAGAAGAAACUACAGCGUCGCAUAACUGCAGCAAAGAAGGUACUACAUGAAAUGGAACAGGGCCAUAUUCUGGAAGGUUUGCUAUCAGGGGACAAGCUCGAAAAGGCUUCACUUGCUGAACAAAUUGCGAGCAUUGACUUCCAAUUGUUCAAACAUGCAAUGCAUAGCGUCAGCAAGCAGGUUGACAGCAUGUCAAAGAAUGUUCUUGCCAAUUCCUCUUCAUCAAGAAAAAACGUGAUGAGGAUACCUCGCGAAACCCUCAUGAAUCAUGGUGAGAAAGAGAAGAAUGUCUUCAGUAGUGAAUUUAGCAAAGGCUGUGAGAUCCUUCAAAAGUCAAAAGCAGCAAUUGUACUUGUUACAAAUGGCUCAGACUCUGAUAUUGUGGAUGCUGAGUUUCAGAGAUUGCUUAACUCUUUUAGUGAGUUAAUGAAGGUAGAAGAAAAUCAUAUAUCUCCCCCUUUUGUUAUUGUUUCUCCUGGCGAUCAUGUGGAUUCAGUUCGGAACUACUUGAUAGAGAACGACUAUUUUGGUUUUGACACUCAGAAGGUAUGGGUCCUUGAAGAGAUGAAACUACCAGUUGUCAGUCUGUCCUCUGAGCUAGGGAGCAAAAAAAUUCUGCUGAAGUCCCCAUGGGAGAUACUUCAAAGGCCAGCUGGAUCUGGGGCGAUUUUCAGCUCACUAUCAUCAAAUAAAAUUUUGGAAUCGUUCAAUGCAAUGGGCAUAGAGUACGUACAGAUAUGCAGCCCCUCUGACGAACUAGUCCUCGGGCAUCCUCUGCUCUUCGGUGCUGCAAGUUCGCGCAGUGUGGAUGUCGGUGUCAAGCUCCGCAAGACCAGCGACAAGACGGAAGAUGGUUUCGAUUUGAUCCUUUCCAUCGACCACUUGAACAAGAUGUGCCGAGACGUCGCCAAGGCCAGGUUCUCUGCCCACCCCGAGCAGCACGAACACGUCGAGCUUGUCGACGGCCAGUGGGUCACCGUCCAGCCAGAGGGGCCGAACUCUCACCGGUUGAGUACCAAUGUUACAAGUGUUUUGGAUUCUUGCUCUCCUGACAAGCUGUGCGUCAUGGAGAUUGUUGAGUAG